GGCCAUAUACUGUCUUCUGGUAGUGCGUUAUGAUCAGUAAUAAUUUGUUUAAGGCGGUGGCAUGUAACAGCAGAGAAUACGUGGCUAAACGCAAAAUCAAACGCUAUCGGCUCAAUUAAGGAACGAACUUCUGUCUCCGUCCGGAGCAGACGACAGCUGGCCCUCAAAAUUACAGCGCCAUCUGCCGCCAGUCGCGCUUUGCUUGCGAGGUUCAAGGGAGAUUACUCUUACGUAGAUUUCCAAAGUACUGGAGAGCGAAAGACUGGGUUUCAGAAGGCACGUUUCUUUUAUGUUGUUCGCUUUUGCAGUCGUAAAAUCGGACGUGGCAUCAUAUUCUUAAAGUUCUGAUUACAUCUGGUAAUGUUCCGAAGUGAAAUGUGUGUGCAGUGACGCUUUAUCUUUUAAUGUAAGACUAAGAGUGCCAAAGUCUUCAAAGGAUUUGUUUCGUUUUUGUCGACCUCUUUGACAUCAAGCAAGUACGAAAUCAAGGAGGCACUAAUGAAGGAUGUGGAAAUACAAAUCAUGGAAGACCUGCCUAACUGCAUCACUGGCUCUAAAUCUUGUUGCCUUCAUUUAUCUCGGAAUUCAGCAGCACUAUCAGUCCACACAUGAUCCUAGGAUGGUGAAUCAGCCACAGCAAGAACACAGAGAAAAUGCAUUUGAUCCUCAUCACCCUGUCACACCUGUGACUGAGCUUGUAACUGUAAUAAUAAGAGAUUUUGAAGACUUUGAAAACGCCCUUGUGGAAACAGUGAGUGAGAUUCAGAAUGUGCUUGGUCAUGUGAAGACAUUGAUUGUUGGCAAUAAAUUUCCAUAUCCACCCCUUAAGCUGGACAAGACAUGGAAUGUAGAGGUAGUGAGUCUGGCAACCAAUCUGCUGCACAAUUUUUCUAGCAGUCGUCCUGACCACCUGAUUAAGACGAAAUUUGUUCUGGUUCUUCCAGAUGCAGCUAAAUUUAAGCACUGGAAGAACUUGCAAUCUGCCAUGCAAAUGCUGAGGAGCACUGGAAAAACUAAAGCUGUUGCCAUGAGGGUGGGAGGGGAACCUUUGUCAUGCAUGACACUUGAUGUUGACCUCAGAUUAUGGCAGAUGAUGAUACUGGCUGGAAAUUCUACAUCAGGGCAGUGUGACAUGAUGCAUGGAGAACAUGCCCUACUGAUGCUAGCCUCGGAUUUUCUCCAGCUUGCCGAUCCUUUUGCUAGUCCCUUUCCCCCUUGCUUUUACAUUAUGGCUAAACUUCGUCAGUGGAAGAUACGAAACUUUGACAAAGUCUCACUUGCAAGAAUCAAGGAACUCUUUACUGACCCUCACAACAAAUGGAAGCAUAAACGUUUAGAGGAAGAUCGAUUAACCAAAUUUUAUUACCAGGCAGGCAUUAAGUUAGUAAUUCAUUCCGAUGGAAGAAAAGAAUAUUAUGGAUGCACUAAAUCUACUGCACGGUGCUUUGGUACAAUUGUUGAUGAUAUGCCUGAAUAUCUGUAUGAGGGCAGGUGGACGCCACCUUGCUGUCUUCGAGCUCUUCGAGAAACAGCCAGAUAUGUUUUUGAAAUACUUGAUAAAGAGAAUGUCAGAUACUGGCUUGAAGGAGGCAGUCUUCUAGGUGCAGCAAGAAAUGGUGAUAUCAUUCCUUGGGACUAUGAUGUUGAUAUUGGAAUUUAUAGAGAUGAUAUUGGACAAUCUUCUCACUUGAAAGAUGCUGCAGAGAAUAGAUUUGUAGAUGAGCUGGGAUAUGUUUGGGAGAAAGGUUCAGAAGGAGAUUUUUUCCGUGUGCAGUACAGCGAACAGAAUCAUCUCCAUGUUGAUAUUCACCCAUUCUAUUCUCGGAAUGGAACAAUGACAAAAGAUACCUGGUUUAGGACCCAUAGACAGGACACAGAAUUUCCUGAGCACUAUCUCAAGCCUCUGACCCAAAUAAACUUUGUGGGCAUGAUGGCCUCUGCUCCUAACAAUGUUAAAAGUUUUCUGGAAUUUAAAUUUGGUGAAGGAGUCAUAGGACAGCCCAGAUAUCCAAACUUCAAGAAAGUGCAGUAGUUUUUUUUUUGUGAGACAUGCUUUUAGAGGGGAGACAGGUUGGUGAUAUUUUAUUUAAAAUAUUAUCUGCAUGUCUCUGUGUUGUUUAAAGUUUUAAGGACUUAAAGACCUCCCAUAAUGUAUUUUAUAUUGCAGAUGGGUCAAAGGAUUGUAAAUAUUUGUCAUGUUCUUUAAUACUUUUUUAUUUGUAAAAGUUACAAUACGUCCUUGGCACUUUAUCAAAGUGCCAUUAACAAAAAUGAUAGAAGGAUAUUAUACUCAUAAUAAAAAUUGUAAAUGUGAAUUAUUCUUCCAAGUAAUGCUUACUCACAAUAGAGGUAUUAACGGGAAGUUUACUAGUUUGUGAUUUGUCUGAGAGGAAAAAGUGUCUGACAUUGUC